UCAGCUGCUCCUUCUUCUUCUUCUUAUCAUUUCUUCUUCUAGCUUCUUUGGAAGUCAUAUAUAUUAGUAUUACUUAAUGGCUUCUUCUUCAUAUUAUAGUAGUAGUUCAACAUUAACACCCAGAAGUGCUUUUACACUCUGCUUAAGCUUAUUCCUACUUGUUGGAAUGGCCUCUGCUCAGUUAACCACUAAUUUUUAUGCCACUUCCUGCCCAAAUGCCCUUUCUACCAUCAAAUCCGCGGUCACCUCUGCGGUGUCAGCUGAGGCUCGCAUGGGGGCUUCCUUGCUCCGUCUUCAUUUCCAUGAUUGCUUUGUUAAUGGAUGUGAUGCCUCGGUGCUGCUGGCCGGCUUAGAGCAGACUGCCGGUCCUAACGCGAAUUCACUAAGGGGAUUCAAUGUGAUUGCUACUGCUAAAUCUCAAGUGGAGAGUUUGUGCCCCGGUGUGGUCUCUUGCGCAGACAUCUUAGCUGUUGCUGCCCGAGACUCUGUUGUUGCUCUGAAUGGACCUAGUUGGAAUGUGUUGUUGGGCAGAAGGGACUCGACCACGGCAAGUGCGAGUGCUGCAAACUCCAACAUCCCUGCACCAACUUUGAGUCUUAGUGGUCUCAUCUCUGCCUUCUCAGGCAAAGGUUUCACUGCCAACGAAAUGGUGGCUCUCUCAGGAUCUCACACAAUAGGCCAAGCUAGGUGCACACUCUUCCGAAACCGGCUCUACAAUGAAGCCAACAUAAAUUCUUCAUUCGCCACAUCAACGAAAGCAAAUUGUCCCAGCACCGGAGGUGACAACAAUCUAUCUCCCCUCGAUGUCACAAGCCCCACAACUUUUGACAAUGCUUACUUCAAGAAUUUGCAGACACAAAGGGGACUUUUGCACUCCGACCAACAGCUCUUCAGUGGGGGAUCCACCGAUGCUCAAGUGAACACUUACGCUUCCAAUUCUGCAACUUUCUUUACAGACUUCGCCAAUGCUAUGGUCAAGAUGGGGAACCUUAGUCCACUCACCGGCACCAAUGGCCAGAUCAGAACUAAUUGCAGCAAAACCAACUAGGCCUACCUUAAUUUUCAUUACAGUAUUCCCCUAUAGUCCUCAUUGUUUUGGAUGUUUUUUACGUACCAAAUUUGAUUUUGUAGUCUCUUUUCAAUAUAAACCACAGAUAACUGAAUAAAAUUAAUGGUAUAUUUAUGAUCUACA